CCAGCAGCGCUCACCGUCAGCCAUGUUGUUUGUGUGACUUACGGAGCUGUCAGCAACAGGUCUUCAGGAGUAGCUAAACUUCACCUCUCCGGCUGGAUUGUAAGCUCUCUGUUGACGCUAAACACCCUCACAGAAACUGGGAAAACGGUUCAGGAGCGCUGGAUGUCAACUUCAGGCCAGUGGAAAGCUGUGAAGUUCAUGUUUUUGUGCCCGUGGUGUUGAAAGAGAGAGAGAGAGAGAGAGAGCUACGCACACGAAACUGCUUAUCUAAGCAUGAGCAUGGCUGUGACCAGGAGCUGAGGACGCCGCCGGGAGUUCCCCUCUCUGUGUCUGCCACCUGCAAACAUGAAUGGUGGUCCCAGUGUAUGGGCCAUCUCUCCGGAGGAGAGGGACAAACAUGACCUGAAGUUUGACACCCUCACCCCAUCAAUGGGCUACGUCUCUGGGGAGCAGGCAAGGAAGUUUUUCCUGCAAUCAGGGCUGCCCGCCUCUGUGUUGGCUGAGAUAUGGGCUCUGGCUGAUAUGAAUAAAGAUGGGAAGAUGGACAGGUUGGAGUUUUCCAUUGCCAUGAAGCUCAUAAAGCUGAAACUCCAGGGUACACCUCUUCCCUCAGCGCUGCCAAUCAUCAUGAAGCAGCCUCCGGUCUCUGUUCCCAGCCUCAAGCCGACCACCUCCUCCAUGGCCAACUCACAAUACGGUAUGGGUUCCAUGCCUAACCUUUCCAUGUUGCCAGGGACAAAUGUUGCCAUGUUGACCCCUAUCUCCAUGACAACCCCUGGGCUCUCGCCUAUGACCCCUAUGUCAACGCUCACCCCUCUGGUUCCCACAGCAACAGGCCUAAGCCCUCUUAUAGGCUCCACCCCCACCAGGCCCCUGAUGCCCACAAUGGGAAACGCUGCACUGCCAAAUGGCAACCUGGGAAUCCUCCAGCCUAUGCUCGCGGGACCUCUGGCCCCUGGCGUCCCUCUGUCUGCCACCUACUCCUCCUCUCCACUGGGCUUCUCUUCUUCGUCUCCAGCUUCUUCUAGUGGCAUAAACAAGGCCUCGUCGCUGCUUGACCUAGGAUCUAGCAGCUCCAAUUCAUCUUCCCCCUCCAUGCUGUCCCCAAAGCCUGCUGGUCCCAGCGACUGGGCUGUGCCCCAGGCCUCCAGACUCAAAUACAGACAGCAGUUCAACACCUUGGAUAAACAGAUGACUGGAUAUCUCACUGGUCAGCAGGUGAGAGGUGCCAUGGCAACCACGAUGCUGACUCAGACACAGCUGGCCUCCAUCUGGACCCUAGCAGAUGUGGAUAAGGAUGGCAAGUUGAAAGCUGAGGAGUUUAUCCUGGCCAUGCACCUGGUGGACAUGGCCAAGAGUGGACAACCACUGCCAUUAACACUGCCAAAUGAACUGGUACCGCCCUCACAGAGGGGAGCGGUAAAUGGAUCCAGCUCUUCUCUCUAUUCUGCUAUGACUGAUGACUUGGACAUUGAACCUCCACAGAAGACCAAGACCAACAUGACAUUUGAGGAUAAAUUCAAAGCCAACCUGGAGCGAGGGAACGCAGAGCUGGAGAAGAGACGGCAGGCGCUGCUGGAGGCACAGAGGAGGGAGGAGGAGCGACGAGCCCAGAAGGAGAGGGAAGAGCGAGAGAGGAGAGAGAGGGAGGCCCGGGAGGCAGAGGAAAGGAGGAGGAAGGAGGAGGAGAGGAGGCUGGAGAGGCAGAGGGAACUUGAGAGGCAGAAAGAAGAGGAGAGACAGAGGGAGAUAGAGAGAAAAGAGGCUGCACAGCGUGAGCUGGAGCGUCAGAGGAAAGAGGAGUUGGAGAGGAGGCGGCGUGGCGAGCUGCAGAUAAAGAGGGAGCAGGAGCAGGAUGACAUCAUCCAACUGAAAGCCAAGAAGAGGAGUCUGGAGAUGGAGCUGGAGGCUGUGGGAAACAAGCAUCGUCAAAUUUCAGAGCGACUGCGUGACACCCAGGCCAGGAAGAAGGUCCAGAAGACGGAGCUGGAUCUGACCAAUCAACGGAAAGAGACACGACGACAGGAUAUUGACAAGCUGCAGAGACAGCUUGAGGAGUUCCAGAGGAAGUUGUCCCAACUGACUCCAGAGCAGAAGAGAUUGCAGGAGAAACUCAAAAACAUGACUUUGAAUAACUUACCAGCUUCCACCAUGUCCACAUUGAAGCUGAACGUUAUAGAGAAGAAUGGAUCUUGUCGAAAAUUGCGAGAGCAGCUGGAAGCUUUGGAGAAAGAAACUGCUGCUAAACUGGCUGAGAUGGACCAGUAUAAUAAAGAUAUACAGGAGCUGAGGGAGAGCCAGAGAAAGCAGCAGGCCGCGCUAGAGAAACUACGGAGCAUCAAAGAGGACAAGCGGCGUGAACUGAACAGGAGGAGGGAGCAAGAGGAGGAGAGGAAAAGACAGGAGGAGGAGAGGAAGCGAAGGGAGGAGGAAAGAAAAAGACAGGAGGAGGAGAGGAAGCAAAGGGAGGAAGAAGAAGCUCAGAGGCGUAUUAAGCUGGAAAAGGAGCGUCAGUGGCAGGAGAAGCUGAAGAGGGAUGAAGAGGAGCGGCAGAGGAAGCUUCAAGAGGAGCGGGAGGCCAAACUGAGGGAGGAGGAGGAGAGGGAGGUGCAGGCUCGCCUCCAGGCUGCCAGAGAACUGGCCGAACGAGAGCGCAAAGCGAAGGAGGCGGCAGAGCGGAAGAGGAGAGAGGAGGAGGAACGGCAGCGGGCAGAGGAGAGGAGGAGGCAGGAGGAGGAGAGGAGGCAGCUGGAGGAGGAGAGGAGGCAACUAGAGGAGGAGAGAAGGAGGCUGGAGGAGGAGAAGAGGAGAGAGGAGAGGAGGAGGAAAGAAGAGGAAGAGGAGCGACGCAGACGGUUAGAAGAGGAGCAUCGGAGAGAGGAAGAGCGGAGGAGGGAGAUGGAUGAGGAGAGGAGGAGACACAGAGCUGCUGAGGCAGCCCUCCGUGACGCAGAGGAGAGGAGGAAAAGGGAGGAGGAGGACAGGAGGAGGAGAGAGGAGGAGAGGAAGAGGCAGCAGCAGCAGCAGGAGGAGGAAGAGAAGGAGAGGAAGAGAAAAGAGGAGGAGAGGAAGAGAAAAGAGGAGGAGAGGAGGAGAAGAGAGGAGGAAGAAGAGAGGAGGAGAGUAGAGGAUGAGAGGAAGAGAAAGGAGGAGGCGUCUCAGCAACAGCAGCAGCAGCAGCAGCAACAGCCGGGCGGAGUAGGAAAGUUGGACAUUCAGGAGAAACUGACGGCUCUGCUCAGAGGACUGGAGGAGAGGAAGGGUGGUUUGCAGCCCAAGGCUACACAACACAGGAAGUCAGCAGCACUCACUUCGUUUAGAGCGCUCUACCCCUUUACUGCUCGAAACCAGGAUGAGCUGAGCUUCAGUGCUGAUGACAUCAUUGAGGUUGAUGAGACGACAGAGCGGGAGCAGGGCUGGCUGUAUGGCAGCAGACAGGGGAAGAUGGGCUGGUUCCCAGAGAGCUACGUAGAGAGAAUGAACACAUCUGAUACAGCUAAUCAGACCCCUGCUGCUAGCGCUCCCAAAGUGGCUCUCAAACCACAGCUGUCUAAUGCCAGCACAGUUCAUAAUAGUCUAGAGGCUGCCAAGGCAGCCGGGACAAAGUCGGCUUUCACACCAACGCACUCUCCAAACCCCGCCCCCUCGGAGACACAGGGACAGGUGGUUGGUAAUCUGCUGGCCCAGGCCCUGUGCUCCUGGACGGCGAAGACGGCCAGCCAUCUGAACUUCAGUAAGGACGAUGUUAUUCGAGUGUUGGAGCAGCAGGACAGCUGGUGGCUGGGAGAGCUGAACGGUGCUCAGGGCUGGUUCCCCAAGAACUACGUGACACUGCUCGGGGAAGAGGAGAGUGCUGACCCAACAAACUGCCCUCCUGACGGUUCAGAGUCUGCUGACGGUCAUCAGCUGGAAGAAUAUGUGGCGCUGUACACGUACGAGUCUCCAGAGCCUGGUGAUCUGACUUUCGGAGAGGGAGAUGUGAUCUUGGUGAGCCAGAAAGAGGGAGAAUGGUGGAACGGCUCGAUAGGUGACCGCACAGGAUUGUUCCCCAGCAACUACGUCAAGCCUAAAGAAACAGAUACGUCGAGCAUAACUGGCAAGAAGAAGCCUGAGAUAGCCCAGGUGACAAGUUCCUACUCCUCUACUGGGGCUGAGCAGCUGAACCUCGCUCCUGGCCAGCUCAUCCUCAUCCUCAGCAAGAACACUUCCGGCUGGUGGCUUGGAGAACUACAGGCUCGUGGUAAAAAGCGCCAGAAGGGCUGGUUCCCUGCCUCUCAUGUGAAAAUACUGGGAUCCAGCAGUGGCAAGUCCACACCUGCACCCCAACCAGUGUGUCAGGUGAUAGCUAUGUACGACUACACAGCCGCCAACGAUGACGAGAUGAGCUUCUCUAAAGGUCAGCUGAUCAACGUCCUCGACAAGAACAAUCCUGACUGGUGGAAAGGAGAGGUCAACGGGGUCACGGGCCUGUUCCCCACCAAUUACGUUAAGAUGACCACAGCAGAGUCUGACCCCAGCCAGCAGUGGUGCGCAGACCUCACCAGCCUCGACUCUCUGAGCCCCCAGGAGAGGAAAAGGCAGGGUUACAUCCACGAGCUGAUACAGACUGAGGAUAGAUACGUGGAAGACUUGCAGAUCGUCCUGGAGGUUUUCCACAAGCCCAUGUCGGAGUCGGGCCGGCUGACUGAAGCAGAAAUGUCCAUGAUCUUUGUCAACUGGAAAGAGCUGAUCGCCUGCAACACCAAACUGCUCAAGGCUCUGCGUGUGCGUAAGAAGACAGGCGGCGAGAACAUGCCGGUGCAUGUGAUUGGAGACAUCCUGGCCGCGGAGCUGGCCCACAUGCAGCCCUACAUUCGCUUCUGCUCCUGCCAGAUCAACGGAGCCGCCCUGCUGCAGACUCGCACCGACAGCCAGCCGGAGUUCAAGGAGUUCCUCAAGAAAAUUGCUACAGACUACAGGUGUAAAGGCAUGCCGCUGUCGAGCUUCCUGCUGAAACCCAUGCAGAGGAUCACUCGCUACCCACUGCACAUCAAAAAUAUCCUGGAGUGUACUGCAGAAGGCCAUGUUGAUCGUGGUCCUCUGAAGGAGGCUCUGGAGAGGGCGGAGGAGCUCUGCCAACAGGUGAACGAGGGGGUGAGAGAGAAGGAGAACUCCGACAGACUGGAGUGGAUCCAGACCCACGUGCAGUGUGAGGGAGUGACAGAGAACCUGGUGUUUAACUCUCUUACCAACUGUCUGGGCCCCAGAAAACUGCUGCACAGUGGCAAGAUGUACAAGGCAAAGAGCAACAAGGAGCUGUGGGCCUUCCUCUUUAACGACUUCCUGCUUCUAACACACGCUUCGAAACAGUUCAGCUCUUCUGGACCGGAUAAACUAUUCAGCAACAAGAACAACACACAGCUCAAGAUGUACAAGCCGCCCGUGUUUCUAAACGAAGUUCUGGUGAAGCUGCCAGAUCCCUCGAGCGACGAGCCUGUCUUCCACAUCUCACACAUUGAUAGGGUCUAUAUACUCAAGACUGAAAACAUCAAUGAGCGGACAGCAUGGGUUCAGAAGAUCAAGGCUGCAUCGGAAGACUUCAUUGAGACAGAGAAGAAGAAGAGAGAAAAGGCCUAUCAAGCUCGCUCGAUGAAGGCUAGUGGAAUCGGCAGACUUCUUGUCACUAUCUUGGAGGCUACUGAGCUGAAGGCCUGCAAGCCCAAUGGUAAAAGCAACCCGUACUGCGAAGUGACCAUGGGAGCUCAGAUCUACACGUCCCGAACGCUCAACGACACUCUCAACCCCAAGUGGAACUUCAACUGUCAGUUCCACAUUAAGGACAUCUACCAGGACGUCCUCUGCAUCACCAUCUUCGAAAGGGACCAGUUUGCACCUGAUGAUUUCUUGGGUCGCACCGAGGUUCCCGUGGCAACCAUAAAGAAAGAGUUGGAGAACAAGGGGGCAGCGACGCGGCGUCUCCUGCUCCACGAGGUGCCAACGGGCGAAGUGUGGGUCCGCCUCGACCUGCAGCUCUUCAACAGCAAAUAGCCGCGACCGCCAGGACAAACUCAAAAACUUCUAACGACACAUCCAAAGAAAGAAGGAAUAAUCUUCCUCGUACAAUGCAACCAAAAUAACGACAGCUUCUUUCUGUAACAAGCACGAAUUAGGAUGGCUUCCCCUCCAAGACAAUGCCCCAAAUAUCAGGAUGGCUUCCUCAGACGAGACACACUCCUCAGCUGUAUGCUUUCCUCUUAACAUGCCUUAAUAUGAAGCAGCACCGACGAUACCUUUUCUGAUGUCAUCUGAGCCCUCCAAUAAGAAGCAGAGUUUGUAUUUUGUCAUGUGAACCAACCAAUCGGAGGCAGAGCUUUUUUCUCUGCGUGGUGAUGUCAGAAAAGGGAAGCGUGAUUGCUCAGGCAGCUGGACCUUAGUGCCGAUCUAGCACCAGCAUAACUUUUACACUCUGAAGGGCUAACAAUAUAGCAAUAGUAGUAGCAGUAGAAGACCUUUAUUUAUCCAAGGGGCUGUCCUUGGUUCUGCCACAGUAGCAAUAAAAACAACACAGGGUGAGACAUGCAAAAUAAAAACCUCACAUACAUAAAAAACGUAUAUAAACACAGGAGUACAAGGUGAACACAUGAAGUACAAAAGUUUAAAUAUUCAUAAAAAAAAGGGAGAAACACGGUUUGCAUGGCUGGAGAUGUGCAGAGAGUAUGAAAGAGAAAAUGUGUACCUGUUAGUUUUGUCUGAAGUGGGAACUAGAAGGAGGGAACUUCAAUUCUAAGUGCAGGAUGAAGGUUACUGAUGAAUUCUGCUUUCUUUAACCACCGUUUGUUGCACAGUUCGGACAGACUAGGAGGGACUAGACCUUCUUAAAUAGUGGACCUGAUCCUGGAGAGUUCCUGCACAAAAAAAAAAGAAAGAAAGAAAAAACAGCCAUGUGUUUGGAUGAGUCGGGGUCCUGGGCUUGACAAGUUUAAUAAGCCCCACAUUCGGGUAAAACUGGAUGCAAGCUGUUUUACAAAUGGUUACCGUAGUAUUAAUCUAUAUAGCAACAAAAUAAAGCAAUACAGGGUUUUUUUUUUUUUUUUUGCUUCCCUCUAGACUCAUACAGUUCUAUAUCUCAAACAGUUACAACACUGAGAACAGUUUGUCUUUAAGCAUUUAGUGGUUUCGAUGCUGUAACUCUUUCAAAUAUAUGGCUCUGGACACGCUCUGUGCCAAGUCUGCCCAACCAAGGCCAUCUGACGUUCAAGUUGUGCUGAUUGAAGCAUGAUCUUAAAUGUCCGUGCAUUAAUAUACAUAUGGAUAUUGGUUUUUUUUGUUUUUUCCCCCGGGGGAAGUCAUGCUCAUGGCUUUAGAGCGUCUGUUUUUGGGGGGAAGGUGGUUUGUAAAAGAACCACCGAUUGAAAGAGUCUCUAGUUUUCAGCGGCAGACGUGCUCGCUCUGUUGCCGUCAGUCGCUCAGCCGCUGCUGAUUUCAUGCCAGCCUGUCUGUAUGAUGUUGUUAUGUUGAAUCUAAGGACAUUAUCUUGUAUUUGCAGUCGGCAUUUCUUAGCGCCAGAUGAGGGACAGCAGCACGUCGCCGUUAGAAACGACCUGGACGAACUCUCUCAGCGGGUGGUUCUGCUUUGUGGAGUCAGUUUACCACUGUUUGAUAGAAGAUCUCAGGAUGUGUUAAUUGUUCUGGGUUCAAGUCUUUGUCACUGUAAUGAUACUGAACACUUACUUUGUUUGUCUUCUGGCAUUUCCUUCUGUUGUGUGUGUUUGUGUGUGUGUGUGUUUAUGUGUGUGUGUGUGUCUAAGGCGUGUCCAAGUGUAAAGCAUACUUAAUGAGAUGCACGCACACAGAAAUCCUACAGGAUUCAGCUGAGGGCUCUUGAGAUGCUGCAGUUUUUUGUACUUACGAGUUAUAAAGUCUGGCCUUAAUGCAAAUAAUGUCUUUUUUUAUUAAAUAAGCCAGCGUGUAAAUGAUGAGAAUUAACCGGGAUGAUGCUAAGGAACCAACUUGAGAAGUUCCCCACUAGAUCAUGAGAAGAACAUGAAUUCUGUUUUAGGGUUGGAUUUGUUGCUUUUGUUACGGUGUGCAAAGCCAAGCAAUCACACAAAGUACCAGUGCAAAGUGUUUUCACACAGCGGUGAAAUAUAACAAGUAUGAAAAGGUGUGUUCAUGAAUUUUACAACUGUACUUGUCAUCCCGUCUGCCUCUUUUCUGCCUUUCUUUGCUGUGUAGAGGGAAGGGGGGUCAAAGUUUUGAGGCAACGCAGCUCAGCAGCUUCGUCAGAAAAAAAAAAUCAGUAUUCAUCCAUUGUAUUUUUUUUUUUAUUCGUUCCUCUCUCUGUUACCCACGUCUGUUUAGUGUCAUUUGCCAAUCCUCACCUCCACUGACAGCGAGAUCGUCCGUCUGCGUUGCCUCAAAAAGUUGCUCGCUCUAAUCAGAUUAACGCAUGCCAUGUAAAACUGAUGAGGAUAUAAUGUGUAAAAGGUCUUUAUUUAUGUUGUAGGUUGAUGUCUUGGUGUCCUCUGCUUUUUUUUUUUUUUUUUUUUUUUUUUUUUUUUAACUAUUCUCUGCCUUUUGCAACUAGUCUCCUGUUUAACCCUGAGCGCCACCUAGUGGUCUGGAUCUUAACGACUGCUGGAAUAGGGGGGUAAAAAGUGUUUUCUAUUUAUUUCUUAAUUUAUGCGUGUGUGACUAUCCCGAGGUUUGAAAUUGCUUUGCUGUGUCAUCUUGGAUAAUCUGUUGGUGUUCACUCGGUUUGAGUUUGUGUUGAGAGUGUGUGUGUGUGUGUGUGUGUGUGUGUGUGUGUGUGUGUGUGUGUGUGUGUGUGUGUGUGUGUGUGUGUGAGACGUCGAACUUCACCUCCUGGAUCAUCGGCUCCUCUGACACGUGUCGGCGCCGUUUCAGGAGCCCAGGCGGUGUCUUAGAUGAUUGAGUCGUUACUGAAAGUCGACUAGACCACGAGUCAGCUUGUUGCACCUGCUGUCUUCUGCCCUUUUGUCUGUUUUUUUUUUUCCUGUCAACAGAAUUCCUGUUUUUAUUCUUUUGAGGGUUGAAAUUGUCUUGACCUCUCUUGUAUAAACUUUAAUGUUUUGUUUUGUUUUCUAAAUUUGAAUUAUUUGUCGAGUAUGUGGGAAGAAACUGUGGAUUGUUUUACUCAUACCUUUUGGGAUGUUUUUGAUUUUUUUUUUUUUUAAUGUGCUCUCCACUUUGAUCCACACUGACUACUGCUGUGCUAACCGAGUUUAGGGCCUAAUCCUAACCUGUACUGCCUCUUCAGACAUGGCAAAUCAGCAUGGAGGCUACCUGACCUGACCUGACCUGCAGUGUGUUUUCACGAGGACCUCUACAUGGCACUCUCUCAAUCAGGGUUUCAUAAGUCAAAUUAAAGAUAUUAAAGUUGACCAACA